UAUGGCUGAUAAAUUUCUUAUAUGAAACCGUGUCCUUGAUUCUCCACACUUCAGUUUGGCUGCGAGUUUUUGUGGUGUUUCUUGGCCUUGACAUUGUGGUCUAGGGUCUUCCGUCGCUAUCGGCCCUAAUCGCUAGUUCCGUCUCUGUUUUAUUACUGAUCUUGUCCUGCGGAAGUUCCUCGAUUAGUCGACAAUGGCAGAUGGCAACCAUCCUCCUAGCGGUCAAUGGAGCACUGGCUGGUGCGGCUGCUUCGACGACAUUAACUCAUGCUGUUGCGUCUUCUGGUGUCCCUGCGUCGCCGUCGGCCGAAUUGCUGAAAUUGCGGAUGCGGGAGAAGCUGAUGCUCAGCAAACGUGUCUCUUCUGGUACCUGAUCGAAUGCCUCUCCCGGUGCGGGUGUCUCUACUCCAUGGGAUACCGAAAGAAGCUGAGGCUGAAGUACGGCCUUCCAGCAGAACCCUGCGGCGACAUCUGGAUGCACUGGUGCUGUAGCCUCUGCGCCGUCUCCCAAGAGUACCGCGAGCUCCAAAACCGCGGCUGGGACCCCUCCAUUGGUUACACAGCAAACAAGAACAGGUCCCCCCCUCCGCAGCAGUUCAUGACGGGUUAGCUUUUCCCAGGGGUUUGACAUCAAGCAUGGCGUUUGUGAGUUGCGGUACAUUGCGGAUGUCUUUUUUCAUCUGUCCUAGUGAUGUUCCACGAGGGAAGUCAGUGUUUCUGUUUAAGCAAGGGUGCUUGGGUUAAUAAUUCAUGAGGUGCCUCUCCUUCAUAGUUAGCUUAUUUGGACUACGGUAUGUGUGCGUGUUUGCUCACAUAAUUCUAUCACAAGUUACGAGAUGUCAUGCUCAACAAUCCCUACAAUAUGCAUGUGAAG